AUGGGUGCCGCACCGUCUCAGGCGCCAAAGCCGAAAAGCAAUAACACCCACAGCAAUGAGAUACCCAAGCAGCUGAGUCAACGCAGCAAGACGGCAUCGGAGUCAAGCGACGAGCAAGGCCGCUUUGAGAAUGAAAGCGAAGAAGUCGUUUUGAAAGAGCUCGGCUCAGGCUCUUACGCAGUGAUCUUCGCCACAAUCGACUACGACCGUGCCAUUGGGGAUCCAGUCGAGCAAAAAGACAUCAUCGACAAGAUGCAGGCAUCCAUCUCCGCGACGAAAGUUCUGAGGAACACUCUAAACGACGAGGAAGGUUAUCGAGCCCAAUUCCAGGCCGAGAUUCGCAUGCUCUGGUACCUGAAUGACAACUAUCUGGAGAAGGCCGGCCAGCAUGGUGUCGUCCGAAUACUGCAUCCACGCGUUGGGUCGAGCCCAGGGUCUUGGUUCUCGAUGGAGAUGUACACUGGAGGGACUUUGGAGGAGUUGCGAAAUCUGUACUGGAAGGAUCCUCCUCUUCUCGGUGCCACCAUCCCGGAAGGCUUCCUCUGGCACAUUCUCGCCGAACUGACGGAGACUCUUCUCGCCCUGAACUUCGGUAUCAUCAACGGCCAGGAGAGCCACGAUCAGGAUAUCAUGGCUCACUACGACUUGCAUGGUGGUAAUGUCAUGUUGCGCUGGCCUGGCAAAACCUAUGGCAACUACCCGGACGUAAUCAUCACCGACUUCGGGCUGGGUAUUGCCAUGGACUCAGACAUGGCCGACAAGGAGCGUGCUGAGAUGAUGUACCAGAUCCAGAUCAGAGACCUCAACCACAUCAUGGAGUUCUUGUGGACUUUGAUGUGCAAAUCGGAUGACAAUAGUGAAACUCUGCUCCGGGUCUUCAACGCGCUCUACGGUGUGGGCAAAUCGCCGGAGAACAAGCGCAUGAAGCGUCGGCUCGAAAUUGUCCUGAAGGAGGCGAAGGUGAGGCGUGAGAACAUGUACAAGGAACUUCCAGACGCUUGGAUUCAGUAUCUCUCGCGUCCAACGGUCAGCGACAAAGAGCUCGAGACGUUCCUCCAGCAGUCCAGGUGGACCUGA